GUGUGCAUGCAGCAAGGGGUCUGCCGUAUUAUAGAGAUGCAUUCGACAGACUGAGCGAGUCUCAGGUUAUAGUUCACUUUAAAAACUAAUUUAACACCGUGUUCAUUAUUUUAAUAAGUUAAUUAUGAUGUUAACGACUGCUUGUUAAUGCAGAUGACGUGGGAUCCGUACGUCCCUCACUUAGUCGAUGCCAUGCCCCAAUAUCUUCUUGAUCACCAGAUGGAGUGGCGUGCCAUGACAGUGCUCAUCUGUUUUGAGUUGGUGGAGGUUCACCUCCCCGACAGAGUCAUGCGACAGUUCGGCCUUUGUCAAGCCAUCCCCGCCCCGUGUGACACGAGUGUCCAGUUGCACAGGACAGACCGACGAGGAAAGGGGGAGGUUAACUGGGCAGUUCAGCAUGCCCCUUACAUUGACAUGUGGGACCAGCGGCUGCAGCAUGUCGCGGAUGGUGCGCCUGUCCAAGGCCUGAUGGAGUAUCACGAUCCAUACAUGGUAUGGUACAGGAGCAUUACCCGACGCUUCAUCAACCCUAACUACACCCCACCCUCAACGCAUUACCACCCAGCUUUUGGAGACAUCAGUGGAUAUGCGUCUGAUAUGCUUGCUAUACAUGAUGCACUAGAAGUCUUGAGCAUAUCAUAUCCCACCAUACCGCAGUUGGAUGACAUUCACGCAAUGACUGUGAGUAGCUUACAGAGACAUGGUCAUGGCCAUCUUAUCCCCCAGGGCCGGGACCAAUCACACCGCCGUUCACACCGUGAGGUAGGCAGCAGUAGUAGGGGACAGACUCACACGUCCCCUACAGGGUCCCCCCUGUUUUUUGAUGAUCAGGAAGAUAUCGCCAUCCACAUGUCUGUGCCAUACUCAUCUCAGGAAGGACCAUCUUCCAGCCAACAGACUCCUCCCCAGACCUCUGCCCCAGAUCCUUUCACAACGGUAUCUCAGUACUACCGUCGUAGAAGACCGCGAUUGGAUAGACAACACUUACAUACAAUAGAUGAAUCGGGAUCUUAGAACUUCUUUUGUUAGUUGUAAUCAGAUUCUAUAGUACAUUGUAUCCAAAUAAAUAUUAUCAAUUUUACUAACCUUUUUAGUUCA